AUGUCAUAUAGUACCUCACUUGAAUCAUUGGGAGAUUCACAAUCACCACCAAAAGAUGGAGAAGAGUGUUUAAAUGUAUUGAAUCCUAUCAUUGAUUUAAAUGCAAAUACUAAUGAAGAACCACUAACAAAUGAAUCAACACCGGCAAAUGAAGUUGUGAAUGAAGAAAAUGUUGAGAGCAGUGACAUUGUUAUUCAAAAGUCCAAGAGGAAGAAAACUUCUCUAGUUUGGGAUCACUUCAAAAAAGUGGAAUUAAAGAAUGGAAAAAAAUGGCAAUGUAUACACUGUAAAAACAAUUAUUCUGUUGUUGCUAGUGGAUCAACCAGUCAUUUGAUGAGGCAUUUAAAACAAACAUGUCAUGUUUACAAGAAGCUAGUAGCACAACAAAAAAAAUUAAACUUUCAGCCAACAAAAAGCAAGAUUGGUGAGAAGCUUUCUGGACCACUACUAAUGAAUUCAGGAGGUAAAUAUGACCAUGAAAGACAACGAGAAGCCACCGCACAUUGGAUUAUGAUGCAUGAACAUGCAUUUAGUAUUGUUGAGGAAGAAGGUUUUCAUUUUAUGAUGAAGUGUUAUAAUAUUUCAUAUGAGAAAAUUAGUCGGAAGACAUUGAAGAAUGAUUGUAUUGUUGUUUAUGAAGCUGAAGGAAAAAAGUUGAAGUCUACUUUAAGGAUAAAACGCAUUCUUAGUUUUGUUCAUGUUCCUCCUCCUCGGCGUGGUGUUGAUAUUGUUGAUGCUAUCUUCAAAUGUCUUAAAGAUUGGGGUAUUGAAAAUAAAAUAUUUAGUGUGUCAGUGGAUAAUGCACAUUACAACGAUAGAUGUUUGAAAGAGUUAAAAGUUCUGAUUUUAAGGCACCGGAAAUUAGUGUUAGAUGGAAAGUUAUUUCAUGUGCGUUGUUGUGCGCGUAUACUAAAUUUGCUUGUUCAAGAUGGUAUUGGGAAAAUAGCAAAAAUAGUUGAAGACGUGCGUGAAAGUGUGAAGUUCAUCAAUCAGUCUGAAGCAAGGUUGCAAACAUUCUCACAAAUAGUUCAACAACUAAAGCUUGGUGGUAAAAAAUUAAUUCUUGAUUGCCCUACUCGUUGGAACUCCACCUAUCAAAUGUUGUUAGUUGCAAUGCAGUUCAAAGAAGUCUUCCCUCGUUUUCAAGAUCGAGAACCAAGCUAUACAACUCUUCCAGAUGAUGAUGAUUGGGAAAAGGUUGAAAAAGUUUCCAAGUUGCUAGAGGUAUUUAAUGUUGUUACAAAUAUUAUUUCAGGUAGUGAAUAUCCAACUGCUAACUUAUAUCUUGCUGAGGUAUUUCGAAUCAAACUAGUUUUAGAUCAAGCUAUCCAAGAUGAAUCUGAUUUUAUGAAAGAAAUGGCAAAAGCGAUGAAGGGAAAAUUUGACAAAUAUUGGAGCCAAUGUAAUCUUGUUAUGUCGCUUGCUUCUGUUUUGGACCCUAGGAUCAAAAUGAUGGGUGUUAACAUGUGUUUUCCCUUAAUUUAUCCGGAAGUUGAUGCUAGAAAAAAUAUAGAAAAUGUGUGUAUCGCGCUUGAUGAUAUGUACAAAGAGUAUGCUGAUAUACUUAAUGAGCAUAGUGAAGAAGGAUCUAGUAGAAGUGGUGUUGAUCAAAAUGGGCUUAUUUUGGAGUCACAAAAAUCCUCAGGGUGGUCAUUGUUAAUGAAUUAUAUCGAAGAACAACAAGCAAUUCCUGCUGUAAAAUCUGAAAUUGAAGAGUAUUUGAAUGAGCUAACUUACAAACCUAAAGAUAACGACCAUAUGUCAUUCUGUGCCUUGGAAUGGUGGAAAUUGAAUUGUGGAAAAUAUAGAGUGUUGUCCCAUAUGGCAGCAGAUGUUCUUGCCAUUCCAAUAUCUACUGUGGCUUCGGAGUCAACCUUUAGCGCCGGAGGGAGAGUUAUCGAUUCAUUUCGAGCUUCUUUAAGUUCAUCUACUGUCGAAGCUUUAAUUUGUGGUGGUGAUUGGCUUCGAAUAUUGCAUGGAAUUAGGAACAAACCUAAGGUGGAGCAAGUGAAAACAAAAAUUACAUUACUCCCUUGA